UCUCAGCCUUACUGGAUAGCUAAUUUUUGUUUCCUUCCCGCCAUGUCUGGACGCGGCAAGCAGGGUGGCAAGGCUCGCGCCAAGGCCAAGACCCGCUCCUCCCGGGCCGGUCUGCAGUUCCCCGUGGGCCGUGUGCACCGCCUGCUCCGAAAGGGCAACUACUCGGAGCGGGUGGGCGCCGGCGCCCCGGUGUACCUGGCGGCCGUGCUGGAGUACCUGACGGCCGAGAUCCUGGAGCUGGCUGGCAACGCGGCCCGCGACAACAAGAAGACCCGCAUCAUCCCGCGCCACCUGCAGCUGGCCAUCCGCAACGACGAGGAGCUCAACAAGCUGCUGGGCCGCGUGACCAUCGCGCAGGGCGGCGUCCUGCCCAACAUCCAGGCCGUGCUGCUGCCCAAGAAGACCGAGAGCCACCACAAGCCCAAGGGAAAAUGAGUUAACUUGAAAAAAAUCAAUCACUUAAAGUCAGACCAAAGGCUCUUUUCAGAGCCAUCC